UUACGUUUCCGUUAUGGAUGUAUUUAUGAUUUAUUUUACAAUUAGAAUGUAGUUGUAAAUUAUCAGGAAGAAUAUUCAGAGAUAAAAAUAAAUAAAAAAUAUUGGAGCAUUUGUCUGUAUUUAUCAAGUAUGAUAUUCAUUAAUUUAAUUUUAAGAGAAAUACCAUUGUGUAAUAGUGCCUUCGUGUUACCAACAUAACCGCAAGAAUAGGCUACGCAAGGCGUCUAGUAAUGGUGCCAGAUGAGGGCAGGUGUUGCUACACUAAGAAGAUUACCCACAAAAUCGACGGAAAUGUACGGAUUGUCGGGAUUAUCAAGAUAACUAAAGAAGAUGAAGAAAUCGGUUACUAAACGGAUUCGACUUGGAAAAUUUAUGCAAGAACUAAUUUUCCAAUUAGACGGUUAGAUAAUUAAGUUAUAACAAGCUGUGCCUAGAUAUAAGUAGGUAACCUAUUCAAUUUUAUGACAUAUUAAUUGUUUAAUAUAUUGAAAAAUUGGCUGAUUUAUAGGAGUAUAAUAAGAAGACAAAUAAUAGUCGUAAUAACUAAUAAGUAUCUUAUAGGAAAUAUGCGCGUAGUAAAGACGGGUUUGCACUCUAUAUUUUACUUCGUAUGUUUUCUUUUUACUUUAGAAUUAUAAAUUUAGUUUUAAGAAUUCGGGUGUAUGGCUAUUUAUAAGGAAUCAAUAUAAUUAUUAUGAGAAUUACCGAUAAGAGUCCGAAAUUCGUUUCAUAUUUUAUCGAAAUUUUGGGGGGGAAUUAAGUUGACUUUGGCAACAUUGAAGGUUGUACAGUACUCGUCCGUCCAUUUUGAAUCGUUGGCGGAAGGUCGUUGAACAGUCGCGAGUUCCACAGGAAGGUUCCUUAAAUUAUACAGGUAAUCAUUGUAAAUAUUGUAAUAAAAAGUGCACCGACGAAGUGAUGAGCGUGUAAAUAAGUUGGAUCAUCAAAAAUUUGUUCAUUUACGUUCAUAGGUACAGUGAAUUCGCCACCGCCAACCACACCGGACAAGACAAACAACUUUUACAUCGGAAUUGGCCAAACCCCCGGAUAAGACUACUUAAUACCCGGACAAGACUACUUCUCGGCUAGACAAGACUACGGUCUAGACAAACAACAGAAUGGACGACAUUCUUUUAGCAAGGCUUAGGCUCAUUAACGACAAACUCACAACGGACUUAGAAGUAAUUCCGGGUACUGUUAAUUUAGAAAAUUUAGUGCAGGCUCAGAUCACAUACAGUAAAUUAGAAGCAACACUGAAAAGACUUAGCGGAGACCUGACGGAGUACUUUAGGCUGGCUUCGACACCCGCAUCUGAUGAAAUCUGCUUGAUAAGUGGACUUCAACUUCAAGCAGAGGAGACUUUAGCUGAACUUAAGGUGAAGAUUGACCAGAUAUCUACAUCAAGCAAACCAUCAGAGAAGCUGACUGAAGCGAACUCCUCGUGCAGACUUCCUAAGCUCCAGCUGCCGGUGUAUAAUGGGGAUGUACUGGCGUGGUAUGAAUUUUGGGAUGCCUUCAGAAGCAACAUCGAUGCAAGGAACCUGCCGGAUGUUGACAAGCUUUCUUAUCUUAAGACUUCAGUCACGGGAGAUGCCAAAAAAGUCAUUGACGGUCUAGCGACUACAAGCACCAACUAUGCUAUUGCCGUUACGAUACUGAAGGAAAGGUUCGGGAAAACUUCACAUCUUAUAGACGCGCACUAUGCAACAUUAUAUAAAAUUAAGAUGGCCAAAGGCAGUGCGGAUGACUAUAGAAGGACUUUCAACGAAAUCGAAAGGAAUCUUAAGAUUUUAGAAUCACUAGGUGAGAACAUUAACCACAACCAUCUGCGCUUCAUGCUACUAGAGAAGUUUCCUUCUGAUCUAGUAUACGAAAUAAAACUUAAAGUUAAGGAUGAUUCCAUUCAAGAACUGAGAAGCCACCUGGAUAAAAUCAUCACUGCCAAAGAGGACGUGGAAAGGAUAUCGGGUAGGAAACGCCCUCAAGAGACAGAAGCUAGUACGGUCGGGACUCUUCAUAAAGGAAGAAACGACUUGCAGGACGAUGCUACAUCUGCUUCAGUAAGAAUCACGUAG